AAUUUUGAAACAAGUGGCCGUUUAAACUGCAACUUCAAAAAACUUCAAAACCCAAAAAAAAAAAAAAAAGCCUAGCACUCUUCUCUUCAAUGCAACACUCCCUUUGCGAUAAACUAAUCCACAAAGAUUUUCCCCAGUACAACGACACUAACCCAAAACCAGAAGCAAAAAACCCAUUUCAAAUAUUCAUCUGUUGAGUAGAAAAGCUAAAUUCUUGGUGAGAAUUAUGACAGGUCUUGUAAUGGUGACAAAGGGAGGUAGUUGUGGCGGCAGCGGCGGUGUUAGAGCAGCAAGAGGGACAACAAAAGUGAGUAGCGAAGAAGAGCAAAACCAGCUAUCUAUGGUGGCACUUUUGGUAGCAGCGCUAAGGAAAUCACUAGUGUCAUGUCGUUUUGAGGAGAGAGAAGAUGUGAUACCUACUAAUAUUCAUCAUCAUCAUCAUAUGGAGAUUGGAUGGCCAACGAAUGUGCAACAUAUUACUCAUGUCACUUUUGAUCGGUUUAAUGGGUUUCUAGGUUUGCCUGUUGAGUUUGAAGUUGAGAUCCCUUGUCGUGUUCCAAGUGCAAGUGCUAGUGUGUUUGGUGUCUCAGCAGAUUCAAUGCAAUGUUCUUAUGAUUCAAAAGGGAACAGUGUCCCAACAAUUCUCUUGCUAAUGCAGGAGAGACUAUACUCACAGGGAGGUCUAAAGACAGAAGGAAUUUUCCGCAUCAACCCAGAGAAUGGCCAGGAGGAGCAUGUGAGGGACCAGCUGAACAGAGGCAUUGUGCCAGAUAAUAUUAAUGUACACUGUUUGGCAGGCCUUAUAAAGGCCUGGUUUCGAGAGCUUCCUUCUGGAGUGCUUGAUGGGCUUUCCCCUGAACAAGUUCUCCAAUGCAACACGGAAGAAGAAAGUGUUGAGCUUGUGAAGCAGCUGAAUCCAACAGAUUCUGCAUUGCUCAAUUGGGCUGUUGACCUCAUGGCUGAUGUUGUUCAGGAAGAAGAUUCCAACAAAAUGAAUGCUAGAAAUAUCGCAAUGGUCUUUGCCCCAAACAUGACUCAGAUGUCUGACCCAUUGACGGCACUUAUGCAUGCUGUACAAGUAAUGAACUUGCUCAAGACUCUAAUCACAAAAACACUGAGAGAACGUGAAGAGACUGCAUCUGGAGGAUAUUCACCCAUGUCAUCUCACUCAUCUGGUCAGCAAACUGACGAGGAUUUUGAUAGUCAGCAAGAGAUGGAUACCAGUGGUGAGCUGAGACAGGAACCAUCAGACUAUGAUGAUCAUGCCCAUUACGGUGCUGGCAGUGAUGAUGAUAUUGGUGAUGAAGUGGAGUCAUUAAGUGAGAUAGAAGAAUGCUUCUUGAGGCAAUUAGAUGAGAAAAAAAGUGCUCCUGAUAUUUUCUUUGAGCAACCACCGGGUGAUUUACCAAGAGAAUUCCCAAGCCCCAAAACAUGCUCAGGGUUUAAAAUGGAAUACGCAAUCUCUUUUACUGAUAGCAAAAAUGAAAAUUCGAGUCCAGCUACAAGUGAUGGAGAAGAUUCAAGAGCGAGUAUGAUAACUGGAGGACAAAAAAUUGAUAGAAGAUGCUGCCAAUCAGGAGGAUGUGAAAGCUCUAAUGAUGUGGAGAUGGUCGACAAAUUAGCGGAGUCCAUUGAUCCGGUGCGUCCGUUUUCCUAGCACAUCUGUUUGACUUGGCCUUUAAUUGCAAAGUCUUUUGGAGAAUACUUCCGUUGCAUAUUUUGGUUUGCGCUCUUCGUCACGGUUGCUUCUGUACAUUAUCACUGCAUUGCUUCGACUGGGGUAUUCUUAGUCAUCGGUUGUUAGAGAGUCAUGGUUCAGCUUUGGGCUGAACUUGUGCUUGUUUUGUGAGUAUCGGCAUGGAGCUGAAAACUCACUCUCUGUUUUCAGUAGUGUGGAAUUCUAUCUAACCUUGACAUUCUUCUUAGACAUGAAUGAUUCAUGUACCCAAGUCUACUUCCAUGUCUGUGUCAAACGGAUAUGUAGAAGUCUGCUAUGCUGAUUCCUACACAGUUUCAUUCAACUCUUUCUGGAAUCCAUGCAUACUACAUGUGUUUAAUUAGCCAAUCUCUUUAUUUGUGUUGAAAUUAACAAUUCAGUGUCCUUGCUGAGUACGAAAAAUUUUAGCUAAGUAUGUUACUAUUUCAUUCCA